AUGCUUUCUAUCCUUUGUAUUUUAAGUUCGUCUUCAGUUAUAGCUUUUGACUUAGGAACUACUAACAUGAAGACAGGAGUAUUCAGAGCAGGAAGAAGUAUCGAAAUUGUUUUAAAUGAACAAUCAAAAAGAAAAACACCAGCAAUGGUCUCAUUCGAACCACAAAUUCCUAUUACAGUCGAAAAUGUUAGAAAUAUAAGUCGAAGAGUCGGCAUUUCAGCCAAUCCUGUUUUAAUUCGAAAUUCUUCAUCUGUUAUUCGUCAAAUUACUGAAGUUAUUGGCAAGCAAUGGUCGCCAGAACUCCAAGCAUAUCUUAACGAGCGAUAUCUUGACUUUGUUAUGAACAAAGACACAGUAAAUGGAAUAGAACCUGAAAUUGCUUUGGCAAUGCUUUUCGAACAAGCAGUGCAACAUGCAAAGGUCCAAUUACAACAGGAUAACAUACAAGAUGCUGUUGUUGCUGUUCCUGGAUUUUUCACAGAUUCUCAAAAGAAAAAAGUUUCAGCAGCAAUUAAACUUGCUGGGCUGAAAUUAACAAAGAUAAUCGAUGAGAAAACAGCUCUUUCACUUCAAUACGCUAUAGACAAGCACGAUACUUUCGUUUCUAAGCCAAAAUACGUUGCAAUCAUAGAUUUCGGAGCAUCAAGUCUUACUUUGAGCUCAUUCAAGUUCCAUACAAAAGUCAACCCACAAGCGCGUGGAAAUAACAAGAAAGUUCCAAUAAUUGAAGAUUUGGAUUAUUCUUGGUCAGAUAUUGGCGGUUUUGACUUUGAUAUACAAAUUGCUCGUUAUCUAAAAGAUAAAUACCAACUUCCUCAAGUCGAUCAGACGCUUCUUGCUGAUGCAGAGCGAAUUAAACUCGCAUUAACACUUACAGACAACGCAAACGUUUCUGUUGACUCAUUACAACGUAGAAUCAUCUUUACUAAGGACGAAUUCCUUGAAAUUUGUGGUCCUCUUCUUGAAAAAAUUGAAAAAAUUAUUUUCGAUUUCAAACAAAGACAAAAGGUUCCUCUUGACUCCGUUGAGAUUGUUGGUGGCUCUAAUCGUAUUCCUGCUGUUCUCAAGAUCAUCAACAAAGUUUUUGGAAUGGAAAUUUCAAGAUCUUUGAAUUCUGACGAAGCAAUUGUUUGUGGAGCCACAUUUACAGCUACAUCGAUAUCAGGAUCAUUUAGAACCUCAGAUGUAGUCCAUCAGUACCUUUUACCAUAUAAUUUAACAAUUAUAAUUGGAAAUCGCAGAAUUCAGUUCGUUCCUAAGAAGAAUAUCGAGAAACAGACUGUUAAACUCGAUCCACAAGACGAUGACGAGUUUUCUAUCGAAUAUGAUGGAAAUCUCAGCCCAGGAACUGAAAAAUUGAUCGGAAAAUGGAAAUUUGAGAAGGUAGAGGCCAAAAGUGAAGCAAGAAUUCUGUUCAAUUUGGCCUUUACUAAGUCAUCCCGUAUAAAAAUUUCUAAUGCAAUAAUUGCAACGAAAAAUGGCGAAAAAGUUGAGAAGAAACAACUACAAUUGACAAGGAUUUUCCCUGAGAAAUCAUCUAAGCUUCGUUUUGAUGAUGCCAAACGUUUGAUGUCCGCAUUUACAGCAAAUGAUAUCAGAUUAUCUAAAAUUGCUGAAGCGAGGAACUCAUAUGAGACCGCAUUAUACAAUGCCAGAGAGAACCUCCAAUCGGAUGAAACAUGGUCUGUUAUUGUUUCUGAAGAAGAAAAGAAGAAAUUAACAGAUCAUAUCAAAAAUGCGGUUUCAUGGAUUGAUUCUGGUGCACAAGCAGAGACAUCCGAUGAAAUCACACAGAGAAGAGCCGAACUUGAUCAGAUAAUUGUUCCAAUUCAAGAUAGAGUCAGUGAAUUUAAAUUACUUCCUAUUGCCGUCAACAAACUCGAAGCAAUUGCUAAAGAUGUGAAUACAUCAGUCAAUAAAGUAUGGCCAUUGCAAGGACUUGGCGCUCCAAGAAUUUUAAGAAAUUCUCUUUUAGAAUCAAUGAAUGAAGCAUUCGAAGCUGUUGAAGAAAUAAGAGAAGCUCAAAAGAAUAAGAAACCAUGGGAAGAACAGCCUGCAAAAACAACAGAAAUCGAAUUAAGAAUCAGAAAAUUGCAAGAUCAGUUUGAAAAUGUUAAGAACAACCUUAAACAAGAAUCUGAGUUAUCCGAUGAUGAUGUUGCGUCUGAUAACGAAUUGUAA